GCAGACGCAGGCAGGCAUCAGCACAGGGACAAGUUGACGGCAACAACACGCAGUUCAUUCAUUUUUACACCGGCAGGCAUGCUUCAUGGAGCCAUCAGCACUCCUCUUGCCGCCUGGACACAGAGUUGUUCCACUUUCCUCUGUCUGCUUCUGAACUUUUCACGGCUGUAACACUAUGGACCCGCUGUGGACGGACACCGGCGCUCCGGUACGACAUGCAAAUACGUACUCUGACGUCGGCGAUCAUGUGGCUUUUGGCGUAGAUCCUCCUUGUGAUCGCCAAUUUUUUUCCUUUCCUGUCGCCUGUUGUCUGCUCGGCUAUUGGACCGCCGUGGGAGUGUUUAAAACAGCCUCGGCUCGUUUUGUCGGGUUAGCAGUCGCUUUGGGAUUGUACCGCACUACCUGAGCAUCGCGCCAAAACGGUGGGCAGGUCAUUCAUGCCUCUAUGAGCGUGCGUGUAGAGAUUGCUCCUCUUCUCCCAUCCCACUGUGUCCUCCAAAGCUCAAGUUUGGAAAAGAGGGAGAGAGAGAGAGAGAGAGAGAGAGAGAGCUUACUGAAAGGCCUUCUGCACUGCACCACGUCAGCCACUAGCAGAGCACAGACACGCCCCCUCCUGCCAGCCUGAGACCAAUGAGGAGAAGCUGGAGGCAAUUCACAAGCCACACCCACUGCAGGGAAGGCAGAGAUUGACAGGUAGUGUCCUGUCAUGCAUUUCCAGGAGGUCAGCCAGCACUGGAGCUGACACUGUCAGCGAGCCCAGCCUGCAUUAUACUACAACAGCCCCAUCUCUACUAGACCUUCACCUCGCAUUGCCCUGUUCUCUCUCCAGCCACUAAUCCUGCCCACAGGGGAGGACUUUUCCUCUGACUCCUUGGCUGCUCAGCCCCAUCCCAGGAACUGUCCUGUGCUUGCUACCUCUCCUGUUUAUAAAAGACAGUCCAGGCUUGUGUCCCAGUACAAGCCAGUGCCCCUGGCUAAUCUUUGGCACCUUAGACUGUACCUUUCACCCACUACUCUGACAGUAUUCCUGCAUCCUGGGCUCAUCAGCCAUAGUCUCCUUCACAACAUCCCUGGCCGAACAAAAGCACCGAGUGAGGACAGCUGUCCACCGGGACAAACCCAUUAUCCACCAUCAUCAUGUCCAGUCGGCGGAAGGCUUCCAUUCCCUGUAUGAUCCGACCGGAGCAGACCAUGGUUGAGCUGGAUGAUGAGGCCGAGGAAUCGCACAACAUGGAGACAACAACAGAGAACCAUACUGAGGAGGGUGCUAUGGAGACGGAUCUCUCAACAGAGGCAGAACCAUCUGUGGACCUGGACCUGACAGGAAAGGCCUCUGACCCCCCUGCAGCUCCAGACAACCCAGUGACUGAGCCACCAGACAUUUCCAAGCCUCAGCGGAGGCAGCAGGGGGGCUACGAGUGCAAGUACUGCCCCUUCUCCACACAGAACCUGAACACUUUCAAAGAACACGUAGACGCCAACCACCCUAACGUCAUCCUCAACCCCCUGUACCUGUGUGCUGUCUGUAACUUCAACACAAAGAAGUUCGACACCCUGACAGAACACAACGAGAGGUGUCACCCGGGGGAGAGCAACUUUAAAUUCAAACGCAUCAAAAUGAACAAUCAGACAAUCUUGGAACAGACGAUAGAGGGGUGCAGUAACAAUGCAGUCAUUUACAACACUUCCAGCAACAUUUCUGGCAAAGGAGAGGAACUGGGCACUCUGCCACUCAGCAAACCCACCACAGUCAAGAUCGGUAAACCAAAAAUAAUGUCAUCGGAUAAUAAACGGACAGAGUCUCAGUUGGGUAAACUGACCACUGAUCUGGCCAAGAAACCAAUCACAGCGGUCAAUGUGAACGGGACGGUCAUCAUCCCGGAGUCCACUCUGCUCAAAGCAGACAGCCUUUCUCACAUCAUGCCUUCACUACAGCGGCCUCUAAACUACACCCAGGUGCCGAAGAUUGCAGUGCCCCUCAACACAACCAAAUACAAUCCUUCGCUGGACGACAACCUGACACUCAUCUCUUCCUUCAACAAGUUCCCCUACCCAACACAGGCUGAGCUCUCCUGGCUCACUGCUGUCUCAAAACAUCCAGAGGAGCAAAUCAAAGUUUGGUUCACCACACAGAGGCUCAAACAGGGUAUUAGCUGGUCACCUGAGGAGGUGGAAGAAGCCAGGAAGAAAAUGUUCAACGGUACAAUCUCCUCUGUGCCUCAGACCUUCACCGUCGUAACUCCUCAGCUCAACUCCCAAUCAUCCACCAACCCGUCUGCUCCCAAUACAGCCUCCAAACACAUGCAGUCUGCAGCCUCUGUCCUCCAGUCCCUCCCCUGUCAGCUCCUGGGACAGACCAGCCUGGUGUUGACUCCUGUAGCUAACGGCUCCACUGUCACAUGUGCGCCGCUGGCACUCACCGUGGCUAACCAGGUGGCGCAGUCACUCAAAAGACCCCUGGCGUCUCCUGUGAUCGCCACAGAGAGUAAGCGACCCUCCAUCAUUCAAACUGUCUCUGCGCCCAUGCCCACAUCCAAGCUGGCAUCACCUAAAGUGCUGAGUUUCACAGUUGACCCCAAUAAAACAGCCGAGCAGCUAUCGGUGCUGAGAUCCAGCUACACACAGUGUCCUUUCCCUGAGGAAGAUGAGAUCUACAGGCUGAUAGAGACCACGGGGCUGUCCAGAGGAGAGAUAAAGAAGUGGUUCAGUGAACAGAGGCUCCUUAAUCUCAAAGGUGUUCCUCCACCCCCUGUGCUGGUGAAAGCAGAGGUGACGCCAACACCUAAAGAUGGCUCCGUAAAGAAGGCGGUCCCCAGCCAGUUUCCUCUGCUGGAGAGGGUGAAGGGGAAGUCAUCAGAACAGCUGAAAGCACUGGAGGAGAGUUUCCAGAGAAGCAGCUCUCCAACUGAGACAGAGCUAGACCAGCUGGCCCAGGAGACCAGGCUGUCCAAGACUGAGGUGGACUGCUGGUUUUCAGAGCGCAGGGCACUGAGGGACAACAUGGAGAAGGCUUUACUCACCAUGGCCUCUAAGAACACCGAGGACAGAGGAGACCGACCGGGAACGUUGCUCAACGGGGCUUCUCAUCGCGAGCAGGACGGGAAACCCCUCCGCUCCUCUCCUCACCCGCCUGUCCUCUCCUCUUCCUCCUCGUCUUCCUCCCCCCCUGUGCUCGCAGCCUCUUCUCCUCAUCCCCCAACCCUGUCCUCCUCUGCAUCUCCUCCGAUCCUCACCUCGUCGUCCUCCUCUUCUCCCCAUCCUCCCAUCCUGUCCGCCUCCACCAGCCCGGCUCCCAUCACAAGCCGCUCCCUCACCCUGCUCAGAGAGAUGUUCUGUCGAACCCAGUGGCCGUCUCCUGAAGAGUACAGCCAGCUGGAAGUCCAAACAAGUCUGGGACGUACUGACAUUGUCCGCUGGUUCAAGGACCACCGCUCGGCACUGAGGAAUGGUGAAACUCUGGACUGGAUGGAAGGUUUCCAAAACCAAAACCUUGUUGAGCAGCAGAAAGCAGGCCAGGAGCAGAAUGGGAACAGUUCUGAGAAAAUCCAGAGCGUUUCCUUGGAAGCCAAAGCUGUAAACGUGGAGGAGGCUGGUGAGAACACAGCAGCUGCUACAGAGCACUCAAAACUGUCCGACCAAGACAAAGUCCAGUGGUUGACAGACAGACUAGCUCACAGCGUGACGGACCUGAGCCGUACCAGACCAGACCAGACCAGUUCUAGCACUGCUGACAAAGGGAGGUGGGUAAAGGUAACCGUGGCGGUGGGGGAGGAGAGUGAAGGAGGAUUAGAAAGACAGCGGCUGGCAACAGAAACUGAUGUUCUGACCUUGGAGCAACCUGGGAGGGUCACUGGUUGAUGAUGAGAUAAAUCACUGACUGCUGAGUCACCGACCAUCACGUUACAACUCAAGAUGACCAAAUGUGGAACCAGUGAUGUAACUGUCUGCCUGUGAUGUCAUCGCAAAGCGCCCUUUGGAAGUUCCACUGUUGAAAGCACCGAUGUGUGGUGCAGACGCUGACAUGAAGAGGAGUGCCAAAGCUGGACUUGAUGCAUUGUUCUUACUACUACUACACUUUUUUUUUUCUUUUUUUUAAAGAAACAUCCAUGUAAAUAUUUUUCUGUAUUGCAAAAAAAGGAAGAAAAAAAAAAAAAAAGGUUUGUACAGUUUUACUGGGAGGGCAAGUUUUGUUACAUUUUUUAAAAAAAGAGUCUGACUGGUGCCCCGAAACCUGGAAUGUUUUCGUUGUUGUUUUAAGAUCAAAGUGUAUAAUAGUCUGUUAUUUGCUGAAAAUCAGUCCUAUUUUUUUGAAAAUCAUAAUUUGUCACUACUCAUUGUGAGUAGUAUUUGAUGGCACUUGCAUAUAUCCGCGUUGUAGUAAUAGAUAUUCUCAUGCUAGGCCACUUGAUCUCCAGCUUAGCUGUUCAAACUGGUAAGAAACUGUUAAUUUUUUUUUUUUUUUUUUUUUUUUUUUUGCUGCGUCACUUUGACUCUCCCUCAUAAAAACGUGCUGGUGAUGGAACAGAAAUCACUCACAAGUUGUAGAGGGGCAGUUAGAGGGAAUGAAUGUGCUGAGAGCGCACGACGGCCAGAGAAUGAACACAAGCAGCCACAUGCGCAGACCAAGACAAACCGCAUUAGGACAAACGAAUGAAUUAAUGCACUGUACGUCCUAACUUCUAGUGUCUUUUCUAAUCAGCUGGUGUGCUCUUGCAUCAGUACCGGGCGCAUGUUCAAGAGGCUCAAACAGUACAGAAUGUUCUUUUCUUCUGAUAUUGAAAUGAUGAAUCGCAUAGAGAAGAGAGUGUCUGUUCGAUUGCACCACGCUGCCUUUUCAGCUUUCUUUAUCUGACAUGUCCUGCCUGCCUCAGAACUGGGUCGAGUACAAGCUGAUAAUGAUGAUGAUGAUGAUGGUUUCAGCUCAUCAGCUCUUUGUUUUAAAAACUUGAAAUAUUCUUGACUGGACUCGCCAAGAACAUUGUGGUGCAAAUGUUUUUCACGCAUGUUAAAAUAACUGAAGCUCCUUCAUUUAAUUCAGAUGGUUCAUGAAUUCUUAGGUUACAGAGAUAAAUGAUCAAACCUGUGCUGAUUUUUUCCGGAAAACGGCAAAAGAAUUUGAAAUCUUUGGCAAAUAAUCGUUAUCUGCUUGCAUGAGCUUCACAAUUUCAUAUUUCUUAAAACAGCAAAUUUUCAAGAUUUAAAGGGAUAUCUGUGUUUUAUCGGUUAAACUGCAACCCCCCUCGCAUCCUUUUGUGCAAGCACAGAGUUAAAAGUUUGAAAUUGAACUGUCAUUUUGAAUCGACCUGGUCUGAAGAGCAGGUUUCUGGCUGUUUGCUGGCUGAAUGUCUGUUGCUGCUGUUUUAGUUUCAUGUUCAGACAAGUAUCUGAGAUACUGUACAUUUGGUUGGCUUGUAUGGAAUACCGCUUGCAUUUUCAUUUUCUACUUUUAGGUCUGCUGUAACUCAAUAAAUACACAACCAAACUGUAGAAGCACGUCUUGUUCCUCCAGUAUAAACUGCAUGUGUCAAAAAUAGAAACAUAAAGCUGGAUUUGGAGAGGAA